UAGCUGUCAGGCUCUGUGGUAUGACGUCACAGGGAAGAUGGCGCUGCCCAUGGAGCCCGGCAUGCUCAGUGUGCCUGUCCUGUGUAUGUGAUCAGUGCUGAGCUCAGUGUCAUUGUAUGAGACACGGGGGGUACAGACAUCCAUCGGAGGACAGGACGUCCCCCUCCCCCGCCAUGGCCGGGACCCCGAGUGUAAAAAGCCAAGGCAUGAAAUUUGCUGAGGAGCAUCUACAGAGACACGGCUGGACUGAAGGGAAGGGUCUCGGCAAACGUGAAAGUGGCAUUUCCAAGGCAAUUAAAGUCAAAGUGAAGUGUGACUCAGCGGGGGUGGGUCACAAUUCUGCGGAGCAGUUUACCUUCCACUGGUGGGAUCACGUCUUCAACAAAACCGCCUCCAGCAUCUCGGUGGAGCCGGAUCAGGAUGGAGUUCAGGUGAAGAAAGUCACAGACGAGGAUUCGGUGGUGACUAACAAGAAACCCCGGAAGGCACUCACUAAUCGUGACAUGCUGUAUGGUCGCUUUAUAAAAUCGGCCACGUUGUUGUCGGGAGGAGAGCAGCCGGUGGAGAAGGAAUCGUCUUCAGACAGCAGUGAGGACGAGGAUGAGAAGCUGAAUCUGUCUUCCGCUACCAAACUGACCGAUGAAGACCUUGUAAAAAUCUGUGGGGGGCGCACUGCUCACAAAGGAGCCAGGCAUGGCCUGACAAUGAACGCAAAGCUCUUAAGGAUUGAAGAACAGGAACAAGCUUUCAUGGAAAAAUACAGGAAGGAGAAACCAAACAAAGAGCCAGCUAAACUGUCCUUAGAAAAAGACGUAGAGACUGCAAGAAAGAAGGAAAAACAUAGACUGGGUAUUACCAAUGAAGACCUCUCCUCCAACACCACACAGCGUAAAAAGAAGAAAAGGAAAACGGUCAACGGUGAAGAAACUUUGGAGGACAACAGAACCAAUGGGUUUGAGGAGCACGUUCCUUGGAAAGAAGAGGACACCGUUGCAUCAAAGAAAAAUGUGGACAAUAAAGGGUUGGUAGAUGCUUUUAAAAGUGUAGCUUCUUCAGAAACCAAAUUGGAAUACUCAAAGAAGAAAAAGAAAGUCAAAGAUGUUGACCAUGCUCGUUCUAUAGAAUAUGACGUGCAGUCAUCCAAGGAGGCUAACGAUCUUGAAGACCAUGGCCAACCUUUAGAAGAUGAUAUACAGUCAUCCAAGAAGAAAAAAAAGAAAGUCAAAGAGGCUGACCAUCUUGAAGACCAUGCUUGUUCUAUAGAAUAUGACAUGCAGUCAUCCAAGAAAGGAGUCAAGGAGGCUAACGAUUUUGAAGACCAUGGCAAACCUUUAGAAAAUGAUAUACAGUCAUCCAAGAAGAAAAAAAAGAAAGUCCAAGAGGCUCACCAUCUUGAAGACCAUGCCCGUUCUAUAGAAGAUGACGUACAGUCAUCCAAGAAGAAAGUAAAAAAAGAGGCUCACGAUCUUGAAGACCAUGCUCAACCUGUAGAAGAUGAUAUACAGUCAUCCAAGAAGAAAAAGAAGAAAGUCCAAGAGGCUCACCAUCUUGAAGACCAUGCUCAACCUAUAGAAGAUGACGUACAGUCAUCCAAGAAGAAAGUCCAAGAGGCUCACCAUCUUGAAGACCAUGCUCAAUUCAUAGAAGAUGACGUACAGUCAUCCAAGAAGAAAAAGAAGGUCAAAGAAGGGGCUGACCUUCUUGAAGACUCUGGUCAACCUCUCGAAGACGGUGUACAAUCGUCAAAGAAGAAAAAGCGGAAAGAAGAAGGGAAGGAUGAGACAACAGAAGAACUUACCAAUGGUCAUCAAGAAUGGGCUCCUUCAGAAGACUUAAGUCUGUCAAAGAAGAAGAAGAAGGCAAGAAGAGACCUAAAAGAGAGGGUUGAAGAGGAUGAGUCUACAGAAGACUGUGUCCAAUCUCUGAAAAAGAAGAAAAAGCAAAAGAAAUUAGAAGAGGUUGAUGAGCACAUGUCCAUAGAAGAUGAAGUGUGCCAAACUCCAAAGAAAAAAAAGAAGAGCAAAAACAAAUAUAGAGACUUUUCCAGCCCCGGUGAGGAGCCGGAACAAGAUGUAGAUGACACUGAACAUACGAUUAGGAGUAAAAAGAAAAAGCGGACAGAGUAGUCUCCAUAGAAGAUUGCCCCAUUGUUAAAGUUGAAAAUUUUAGUUUUUGUUGAAGGUCCAAAAAAAAA